AAACGGCGCAGGCAUCAGGCGUGCGUGUCUAUACAUAUAGUCAGCCAGUAGCAGACUCAGAACGUGCCAGGUCCAUUCCACUCGGACAAGCUGCUCGUCGCGAUGGGUCACGAGCUGGAGCAUGGCGAGCGCGGCGCCGGCCACCUCCUCCUCUUCCCCUUCCUCGCGCAAGGCCACCUCAUCCCUUUCUUCAACCUGGCCAAGCGAAUUGAGAGCCUCGGGCAGCGUGGCAGCCGCGGCCGACGUCGCUCUCUCACGAUCACCAUCGUCAGCACGACUCGCAACGUCGCCAACCUCCGGCGCGCGGUGCCGGCCGGAUCGUCCAUCCGCUUCGCCGAGCUGCGGUUCUCACCGUCGGACCAUAGCUUGCCACCCGACGCCGAGAGCAGCGACGCAAUCCCCCUCCAAGACUUCCCGGCCUUCUACUUCGCGACCGAGGCGCUCCGGUCGCCGUUCGAGAGGCUCGUGACGGAGCUCGCGGGGAGAGAAGGAUGCAAGAACGUGUGCGUCCUCGCGGACAUCUUCCUGGGAUGGACGGCCGAGAGCGCCCGCGCGCUCGGUGUCCAGCACCGCGUGUUCCUCACCUCCGGCGCUUACGCCUCUGCCAUCACCUUCGCUCUCUGGCUCCGCCCGCCGAUUUUCCCGCGCCCCGCCAACCUCGACGACGAGCAGACGCUGCUCGACUUCCCCGACGUGCGCGUCCGGUACGUGCAGUUCCUGAACGUGGUCGUCACGGAGGACAAGGCCUCGAACCCCAUGAUGGCGUAUCUGUGCCGGAUGCUUGACCUCCACUUCCGCAACUCCGGCGGUCUCGUCAUCAACACAGCCGAAGAGAUCGAGUCGAAAGGUCUUCAUCACAUCGGGAAGCUCUCCGGGCUGCCGACGUUCGCCGUUGGUCCCCUCAUCGGCGAUCGAACACAUUCCGACACCCCUCCAGAUGGAGACGUCUGCAUCAAGUUCCUGGACUCCAAGCCGCCGGCGUCCGUCCUGUACGUGUCGUUCGGGUCGCAGAACACGAUCCCAGCAUCGCAGAUGAUGGAGCUGGCGCGGGGCCUGGAGGACAGCGGGCGGCCGUUCAUAUGGGUGGUGCGUGCGCCGGUGGAGUUCGACGGGGAGAAAGAGUUCCGCGCCGAGUGGCUGCCAGACGGCUUCGAGAAGCGCGUCGCGGCCGCGGCGCAGGGCGUAGUGGUGCGGCGGUGGGCACCGCAGGUGGGCAUCCUGGCUCACGCGUCCACGGGCGCGUUCCUGAGCCACUGCGGGUGGAACUCGGUGCUUGAGAGCCUGUGGCACGGCGUGCCGGUGGUGGGCUGGCCGCUCAUGUCCGACCAGCUGUUCGACUCUCGCAUGCUGGAGGAGCUGGGCAUCGGCGUGGAGGUGGCGUCCGGGAGGAUGUACGGAGGGCUGGACAAGGGGUGGGAGCACGUCAGGGACGUCGUGGAGACGGUGCUCGGGGACGGCGAGAAGGCGAGGAGCAUGCGGAGGAAGGCGGCGGAGCUUAAGGAGUUGGCGCGCGCAGCUGUCAAGGCGGACGGCGAAGUGAAGGGCUCGUCCGUGCUUGCUAUGGAGCGCCUCCUUGGCAAUGCCUUCGGCUGAUCAUGACAAACUGUCGUUUGGAACACAAACACUUUGCAGAAACUUCAUAGGAGAACGAUUCAAAUUUCACAGAAAAGUCAGGAAAGAUCUCUGCGAUGCGCCUAAGCAAUAAUCGAAGCUCGUAUUCUAGUUUAUAAUUGUGUUUCUAUCUUAAGUGGUUUCUCAUUUUUGUGCUGUGUUGUGUAUUGGUAAUUUAGUAUCACAACAAGCGCAGGUCGUAAGUCCUAUACCGAAAUGUCUCGGUCUUUUGUUUCAGCAAAACACAUGGAUUUUCACCUUUCCA